ACACACACCCACGAAACGCUGAAUCCACUUUGACACAUUGCAAAUACCAAAACAUAAACGAAUCGACAAUUAGUUUUAAAAGUUUUUUUUUCUUAAUUUUAAUGGAAAUUGGGGCGAUUUAACAUGUCCACAACAAUUGAAAAGAAUGAGUAUCCGAAGGCGUCAAACGCCCUGGUAAUCGGAGCCAUUCUAACCUACAUCGCCGCCUUCUUUUUAUUGAUGUCAUUUUGUGCGCCUUAUUGGAUCGAAUCGUACCCGGAAUCAUUCAGCAGUUUCAAAAACAUGGGCUUAUGGGAGUACUGUUUCAAGGACUUCGACUACCCGUUCUACCAAUUUCCGAAGCAGUUCAACGGUUGCCACAACAUUUUCAGUUUUGAGUACUAUGUCAUUCGCGAGUAUUUAGUGCCGGGAUGGCUACUGUCCGUUCAGGCAUUCAUUACCAUUGCAUUCAUUUUAACAUUUUUCUCACUGAUCGUCAUGGCAUUGGAAUUGAUCCGGUGGCCGUUGAAAAACGUUUUACGUUACGAAUAUCUGAUGACUCGUGUCUCAUUCUACUGCACAGCCAUAUCAAGCGGAUCGAUUUUCUUGGCCGUUUGCAUAUUUGGCGGAAACGCCUAUCGUCGUGAUUGGCUAAUGUACCCGAAGUUCAACGUCCUGUCGUGGGCCUAUUCGUUGGCUGUGGUUUCGUUUAUGAUUCUGGCCGUAGCUUCACUCAUCUUAUACAAAGAAGCGCAGGUAUCGUACGAAAUGCGACGACAAGCAAAGACACUGGUCAUGCAAAUGGAAAUGCAAUCACCGACGCCCAGCUUCCAGCCAUCGUCACAUUCACGUUCACAUUCGCGUAGUCUUGGUGGCGGUGGAUACAUUUAAAUUCCGGAAUUAUUGACGGAAAGAAAUUGCGUCCGAUUUUAGUUUGUAGUCUUUUAUCGCCACGAAUGCACCGGGCGAAUUAUUAUAUCGAAUUUUGCCUUAGGAUUACAGAACGUUUUAGUGUAGACAACCAUGUUCGACAUGGGAAAAUUUGAAAUUUUUCUGUUCAUUGAAACUAUUUUGAUGAUUUCGUUAGAUUUUAAGACAAAUUCACAUUCCGUUGACAUUUUUUUUUAGAUUGUUAAGCCUUAAAAUACAUUCGGAGCUACAAGAAAUAUUCCGACAAUCGAAUAUCUAUAAUCUCAUUGAGAACCAGGAACUUACAGGCACACUAAAUUGUGUUUCAAACAGUCCGUCCAUUUUUAUAAAUUAACGAAAUUUUAAGCAAAUUCUGUGUACAAAUUGACACACAGACCAUUAUUAGAGUAAGAUUUUCAUUCAAUAAAAUCUGAUUUUUGUAG